AUGCAGCUCUCGCUGGCCCUCUGUCUUGUCUGCCUGCUUGUGCAUGCUGCCUUCCGUGCUGUGGAGGGCCAGGGGUGGCCGGCCUUCAAGAAUGAUGCCACAGAAAUCAUCCCUGGCCUCAGAGACUACCCCGAGCCUCCCCAGGAGCUGGAGAACAACCAGACCAUGAACCGGGCAGAGAACGGAGGGAGACCUCCCCACCAUCCCUAUGACACCAAAGACGUGUCCGAAUACAGUUGCCGCGAACUGCACUACACCCGCUUCGUGACCGACGGGCCGUGUCGCAGCGCCAAGCCUGUCACCGAGCUGGUGUGCUCGGGCCAAUGUGGCCCCGCGCGUCUGCUGCCCAACGCCAUCGGCCGCGUGAAGUGGUGGCGCCCAAACGGACCCGACUUCCGCUGCAUCCCCGACCGCUACCGCGCGCAGCGGGUGCAGAUGCUGUGUCCCGGUAACGCAGCGCCGCGCGCGCGCAAGGUGCGUCUGGUGGCCUCCUGCAAGUGCAAGCGCCUCACCCGCUUCCACAACCAGUCGGAGCUCAAGGACUUCGGGCCGGAAACCGCGCGGCCGCAGAAGGGUCGCAAGCCACGGCCCCGCUCCCGGGGCGCCAAAGCCAACCAGGCUGAGCUGGAGAACGCCUACUAG